AUGGCUAUCCACAUACGGUCGCUGACCCGUCGCUGGGUCGGACUGUCUACUCUGUGGAAGGAACCAACUUCGACUUACCGAAGGGGUGUUUCACCGUGGAGGAGGUCAUUCACAACGAGACACGGGGGGGUACUACCCACGUGGGGUCAAUCGCGUCCCCUGCACACUGACCUGGGGGACCUGUACAUGAACCCAUCGGUGCAGAGACACGUUGAGCGGUUGAUGGAGGAGCACGCGGUUUUGGCCAAUCAGCUGCAGGAGUCGUGCCUCAGCGACGCAGAGAGGCGGGGCCUCAACAAGAGACAGUUCGACCUGAGGCCCCUUGUUGAGCUGCAUGAGAAGAUCCGAGGGGCCCUCACAGACCUGGAAGACGUGUUGUCUCUGAUGCAUGGCAUGGUGGGUACGACUGAGGAAGACCUUCAGAUGACCCAGCUGCUGAAAGACGAAGAGGUGCAGAUCUCUAACCGGAUCGACGCCUUAAAAAGAGACUUGAUCACAGGGCUCCUGCCAUGUGACCCGCUGGACUCCAGUGAUGUCAUCUUAGAAGUGGCUGCCGGCCGCACCACAGGGGGGGACAUCUGCCAGCAGUUCACCAGAGAGAUGUUUGACCUUUACCAGGGCUACGCCCUAUAUAGGAACUGGGCCUUUGACCUCCUGAACUACACCCAUGCGGAGCACGGGGGUCUCCACCACGCGGUGGUCCAGAUCCGGGGGGACGAGGUCUACCGGCACCUGAAGAACGAGGGGGGCACCCACAGGGUGCAGAGGAUCCCCGAGGUGGGCCUCUCGUCCCGCAUGCAGCGCAUCCACACAGGCACCAUGGCCGUCAUCGUGCUGCCCCAGCCCUUGGAGUUCCAGCUGAGCAUCGACCCCAGGGACCUCCGCGUGGACACCUUCCGCUCUAGCGGCGCCGGCGGCCAGAGCGUCAACACCACGGACAGCGCCGUGCGGAUCGUGCACCUCCCCUCCGGCACGGUGGUGGAAUGCCAGCAGUCGCGCUCCCAGCUGCAGAACCGUGACACGGCCAUGGCCAUGCUGAGGGCCCGCCUGCACCAAAGCAUCAUGGGUAAAGAGACUGAGGAGAGGCACCGCGCACGCAGGAAACAGGUGGGCACGCGCGCCCAGUCGGAGAGGAUCCGGUCCUACAACUUCAGCCAGGACCGGGUCACGGACCACAGGACGGGCCACGUCAGCCGGGACCUCAAGGAGUUCAUGAAGGGAGGCGAGGCGCUGGACGAGCUGGUGCUGGACGUCCUGGAGAACGGGGAGAGAGAGGCGCUGCUGGAGCUGGUGGGGCGAGGGGCGGUGUAGAGCCGCCACUGGGAACACUGGACAGACUGGGAACUACAGCCAAGCAGGUGACUGUGGGAAGAGAUUGGGGACUGUGUGUGUGUGUGUGUGUGUGUGUGUGUGUGUGUGUGUGUGUGUGUGUGCGUGUGUGUGUGUGUGCGUGUGUGCGUGUGGAGACACGCCAUUGGAUAAACCAAUGUAAUCUGAUUGGAUCAGGCCAGGACUUCCAACUCUGAUCUGAUUGGACCAGGACUACCAAACUCUGAUCUGAUUGGACCAGGACUACCAAACUCUGAUCUGAUUGGACCAGGACUACCAAACUCUGAUCUGAUUGGACCAGGACUACCAAACUCUGAUCUGAUUGGACCAGGACUACCAAACUCUGAUCUGAUUUGAGCAGGACUACCAAGUCUGAUCUGAUUGGACCAGGACUAUCAACUCGGAUCUUAUUGGAGCAGGAAUUCAAACUCUGAUCUGAUUGGAACAGGAAUUCAAACUUUGAUCUGAUUGGACCAGACCAGGACUAAAACUCUGAUCUGAUUGGACCACGACUAACAAACUGGUUUGAUGUGACGAGGACUUCAUACUCUGAUCUGAUUAGACCAGGAGUUCCAACUCUCAUCUGAUUGGAGAGGACCGGGACUACAAACUCUGAUCUGAUUGGAUCAGAAUGGUACUUGAAACAAUGUAUGACCUCAUUCUUGUCAAUGAAUCCGACAUUAUUGUAAGUUAAAGAAACUAUUGUGUGUUCAAUCAUCCAGCUCCUUGAAUUAUACUGAAUGAAAAGCAUCAAUGCAAGCUCAGCCCUCGUGUUGAUUUGACUAAAGGAAAAAAAAGCUGAUGUUAGAGUAACGGAUGUAUGUUAAUACUGUUUAAAACACUACUGUAUAGAAGUUUGGGGUCACCCAGACAAUUUCAUGCUCUCCAUGAAAACUCCCUUUUAUUCAACCGUUUUCAGCUGUGACAACAUAAUGGACAAAGGUUUUCUAAUCAUGUAAUAUCCUUUUAACACAAUUAAACAUUGUAGCAUUAGAA